CAUUGAUACGAUUAUGGAUGUGUUCUUCGAGACUCGGAGCGGCUUCACGUUCGAGAUUGAAUUGGGUUAUUGGGAUACAGUUUUGGAGAUCAAACAGAAGAUCGAGAAGUAUCAACAAAUCCCUGUUUCCAAACAAACCCUUUUCUUUCAAGGCAAUGUUCUUCAAGAUCAUCUUGAUAUCGAACAAUGUGUGAUCCUCAACCACUCUCGUAUCCAACUUUUCAUCUCUUCUCCCGACCAAAACCGUAACAAUCAAGUGUUCAAAACCGAGCAAUCUCCACAGUCAAACUCAAAAGAACAGAUCACUAAUAAUGGUCAUCAAGAUUCACCUGUGAUGAUGCCAAUGAGCAACAACAACAACAACAACCCAAAGAAGCUGAGAGUAAUGGUGCUACCAAAAUGCGGGACUAGGAAGAUUCCGGUGGAGGUGAACGCAGGGGAUAAUGUUGGAGAGCUGAGGAAAGAGUUGGCUAAAAUUCAACAGAGGUUACAAUUAAGUCUGCCUCAAGAAGGGUAUUUCUUUAUAUACAAACAGAAUGUAAUGGACGAAAACCGGUCAUUCCGGUGGCACCGUGUUGAUCACGGCGACACGAUUGAGAUUUUCAACGGAAGUGUUUCCGGUGGCUCUUAAUGCCCUACCAUUUUUAAGCUCAAGUCUCUGCAAUCUCCUAAUUUCUAGUAGCUUUCAGUCAAUUUUUUUUAAGUUUCUUGCUUUCUUCUAAAUUGUAUUUUCGUUUCACUGCUUUCUACAAAUAUGCUUAAGAAGAUCUAUGACAAGUAAUUUUCGUUUAGGGUUAAUAAAGGG